ACGUACUUCACACUCGUCAGUACCGCGUCUCGUCUCUGUGGCGCAUUUGUGUUAUUGCAACUAAUGUUUGGUAUCGAGUCAUCGAAAGAUGGCUGAUACAAUUCGACAUUUACAAAUGUCAAAACUCGUGGUAUUGUUUACUAUUGGAUUACUGGGUUCAGUAAUCGGUAGUCGUGAUAAAAUACCCCGUGAAAGUGUCUCAAAUAUAUUAAUUAAAAGUGCAUUGGAUUCAUUGAAUGAAGAAUCACCAACGAAACAUACUUAUAAAGGUGGAAAUCUACUAAGUGCGCAGAAACUGGAAAGUCCACCAUAUGUCAUCUACCGUCUCACCUUAAACUUAGAAAUAAAUUGUGAGGAACCCCCGUGUCCUCGUGAAGCUUGUGCAAUUGAAAUAAAAGAGUACAAGACAAAAGUUAUAGAAGUAGACAAUUCAUCGAAACAAUGCAUGUACCUGUAUCCACAAUCAAUCCAGAACAGUUCCCAAGACAUUCCUGAUGAUCAAAUAAUCGAGAGCCUGGAUAGGCAAAUCAACGACAGUGUGAAGCUUGAUCACGAAGUCCAGGAGGUCUCCGAUCACAACGAUCGUCCCUUCAUAGCAGUAAGAGCCUCUCACUACUGUCCAGGAUGUCCCUACGAGCUUAAUCCAACGCUUCCAGGUCUGGUGGCUUUUGGAGAGUUGGCAGCAACAUCACUGGAUGAAUCUGGUAAAAGUGACUUUAAACACAGGAUUGUCAGUAUUGUGAGAGUAACCAGGGCAGUCCCUCCGGGUUCCAAUGUCGUACGUUAUGAAUUUUUGAUGGAAGUUGGUGAAACAAAUUGUCUCAGAACUACCCAAAUCGAGAGGACCGAGUGCUCACUUCAAUCCAAUAUUCCAAUUAAACUGUGUCUUAUGAGAAUUGAUGAGAAACCAUGGCAGCAGGAUAGCAGACGUUUAAUUUUCAAUAACUGCACAGAUUCUGAUAAAAUAAAUGAAGUGAGGGGAAAGAUCGAGACGCCGUUGACGAGUGAGUCCUUGAUUAGAGAAGAUAUUUACAGGGAGGAUGACUCACAGCAGGAGAUUUAUGAUCAAGUGGCAUUGGAAGGCCAAGUUAGCACAUAUCAAAGUCCCAUUGAUGAGUCACCAGUUUCAAUUCCGACAGCUGGAACCUCGGAUUGUUUGCAUCAAUCAUUUGUAACAGAGAUACCAUUCACACAGAUUGUUGUUGGUACGGAAAAUGCACCAGAAGAAAUUCCCAAGUUCACGGAUAAAAUCAGAGAGUUUGAUGAAUUUUUGAAAGACUUUGAUAUCGAUAUUAAACCUACGACGGAGAGAAAUUAUGGACCUGAGAUUGUUGAAGAGACUAUUCAUCCGAAGAAGAUUAAGGUGAAGGAACUUCAUCGAUCUUCAGAGGAGGAGUCGUCGACGGAGAUCAAGAGGCAGAAGAGGGCAGUCGAGAAAGGGAUUAAUGAGAAGAAUUUAAUCUUCAAGCUUUCGCAGAAGGCGAUGAAGAUUUUGGAUGAGAUGGACAAUGAUGAUAGCAAACGAGUGAUUGCUGAUAUCGUGGACUACAAGAGAAUCAAUGACGAAGGAUUUAUCUAUCACAUUACGGUUCUUGUAGCUCCACAGAGCAACUGCGAUGAAAAACACAGGAGAAUCAAGGAUUGCAAGCAUCAUCCUGAGUCACAAUCUAUGAACAUGUGCACUUUGCAGAUUGAGACGGAUGAUAAGAGUACGGUUGACACUGCUAAGGUAGUCCAGUCCCAGUGUUACGAGAUUAAAAAUCGGAGGAAGAGACAGAUUGUUGGGGCACCUCAAACUAUUUCUGUGGAUUCUCCAGUGAUAAAUGAAUACGUGCAGAAAGGAUUGAACAAACAUUUUCGAAGACUUGAAGGGUCGAAUAAACCUUUGUCGUUCAAGGUGAUUGAAGCAACGGAGCAAGUGGUGGCUGGAUCUCUUUACAAGAUCAAAGUGAGGGUAACACCGGAGGAUUGUGUGCCUGGAAAUGAAGGAUAUGGUCCAUGUCGUUCCAACGGUAAUAGUCAUGUUCACUGCUUGAUAUCAGUGUGGUCUAAACCCUGGGAGAAGUUUGAAGAAAUCACUGUCAAGUGUGAUGAAGCACGCAGGAAAAGGUCCUUGGAACAUCAGAAGGAUAGAUUGAGGGACAAGAGAGAUGUUCAACUUGGAGGUCCAGCGAAAAUCUCUGUAGAUGACCCAGAUGUACAGAAGUACGUGAAGAAGGGAUUAACGAAAUAUUCUUCAGGGCUUCAAAGUACUAAAGAGCCAAUUAUCAAUGAGGUGGUUGAAGCCACUCGUCAGACAGUCGCAGGAUCUCUUUAUAAAAUCAAGGUGAGAGUUGCUGAGAGUGACUGCCCCAAAGGAACAACAACAAUGGAGACCUGCCUUGUGCUGAAGGAAAGUCCUGUUCAGAAUUGUCUCAUCCAAGUCUUGUCGAAACCCUGGGAGAAUUUUGAAGAAAUCACUGUCAAGUGUGAUGAAGCACGCAGGAAAAGGUCCUUGGAACAACAGAAGGAUAGAUUGAGAGACAAGAGAGAUGCUAUAGUUGGAGGUCCAGCGAAAAUCUCUGUAGAUGACCCAGAUGUACAGAAGUACGUGAAGAAGGGAUUAACGAAAUAUUCUUCAGGGCUUCAAAGUACUAAAGAGCCAAUUAUCACUGAGGUGGUGGAAGCCACUCGCCAGACAGUCGCAGGAUCUCUUUAUAAAAUCAAGGUGAGAGUUGCUGAGAGCGACUGCCCCAAAGGAACAACAAUAAUGGAGAACUGCCUUGUACUGAAGGAAAGUCCUGUUCAGGAGUGUCUCAUCGAAGUCUGGUCGAAACCGUGGGAGAAUUUCGAAGACAUAAAAAUCAACUGCAACUCAAAACGCAGAAGACGAGCCCUAAAAGGUGCAAAUUACCCUCAAAAAAUGCUCGGUAUUGCAAAGGAGAUUGAAGCCGAAAGAAAAUUUAUGAAAUUCCAAAAAACCUAUGAUAAAACCUAUUCAUCUGAUGAAGAACGAGCCGUGAGAUUCCGGAUCUUCCAACAAAAUAUGGAAAUUGUCAAAAAUCUCCAAGACUACGAACAAGGAAGUGCCGUUUAUGGGGCUUCAAUGUUCGCAGAUCUAACGCCCUAUGAGUUCAAAUCGAAGUACCUGGGGUACCGUUCAGACCUCAGAAGUAAAAAUGAAAUUCCCUUGGCUGAGGCCAAAAUUCCGAACAUCGAAUUGCCAAAAGAAUUCGAUUGGCGUCACUACAAUAUCGUGACAGAGGUCAAGGAUCAGGGAUCGUGCGGUUCCUGUUGGGCUUUCUCAGUUACCGGUAAUGUCGAAGGACAGUACGCCCUGAAACAUAAUAAAUUGGUGUCCCUCUCCGAACAGGAGCUCGUAGAUUGCGAUACCCUAGAUGAUGGUUGCAAUGGUGGACUCCAGGAGAAUGCAUAUCGUGCUAUUGAACAACUUGGAGGACUGGAACUGGAGAAUGAUUAUCCUUAUGAUGGAGAGGACGAGAAGUGUCAUUUCAAGAAGAACAAGGCAGUUGUACAGAUUGUCUCUGCUGUGAAUAUCACGACCAAUGAGACUCAGAUGGCUCAGUGGCUGGUGAAGAAUGGUCCAAUGGCCAUUGGCAUUAAUGCCAAUGCCAUGCAAUUCUAUAUGGGAGGCGUUUCACAUCCCUUCAAGUUCCUUUGCAAUCCUGCUAGUCUUGAUCAUGGAGUUCUCAUCGUUGGGUAUGGCACACAUACGUACCCAUUGUUCAACAGGACCAUGCCUUACUGGCUGGUGAAGAAUAGCUGGGGUAAACGAUGGGGUGAACAGGGUUAUUAUCGAGUCUACAGGGGUGAUGGUACUUGUGGUGUCAAUGCUGAUGUUUCUAGUGCUAUUGUUGCAUAAGAGGUGCAAUUUUUAAGAUGGAUAUUGUCAUUUUUUUAUAUUUUAUUCUCUUUCAAUUAUACUGUAUGAAAAAUAUGUUGAAAGUGUGAGAUUUUAGUCCAUGACGAUUUUUUUUAUCCAACCAGUUAUUUGGAGCUUUUUAAAUAUUAUUUUUAUGAUCAAAAUGUAGUUGGAAAUUUUGUUUUUUUUUGUGCCAAAGAAUAAUGCGGCUUUCUGAUUUUUUAAUGAAUUUUCCGUUUUUUUAUGAUGAACAAAUGAGAUUUACUUCCUCAUCGUGAAUGAAUUUAUCAUGGUUUCGGAUUGAAAUUUAAUUAUUCUAGAUUAUUUUAGUUGUUACUAACUGAAGUAGGAUAUAUUUUUAAAUAUUAUUAUCAAUAAAUGAGACAACGAUUAUUAACAUA